AUGGGCUUGUUUCAAUACAAUCGAUUGGUGUUUGGUAUCACCUCAGCUCCCGCCAUUUGGCAGCGUACCAUGGAUCAGAUUCUGGAAGGAACUUCUGGUAUUAGUUGUAUCCUAGAUGAUAUGAUUGUGACGGGUAAAAGCGACGCAGAGCAUAUGGCUAACCUGGAGGAGGUCCUUCGCCGGCUGCACCACCAUGGGUUAAGAGCCAAUAAAUCGAAGUGUGAGUUCUUCAAAGAAAAGAUCACGUUCUGUGGCCACGACAUUAAUAGUGAAGGCCUGCACAAGACCACCGACAAGACAGCUGCAAUGGUGAAUGCCCCUCGCCCCCAGAGUGUUGGAGAGGUACGCUCCUUCCUGGGAUUGGUGAAUUAUUACCACAAAUUCCUGCCAAACCUUGCUACAAUCCUGCAUCCUUUGAACCAAAUGCUGGAAAGUAACUACCAAUGGAACUGGACAGAUCAAUGCGAAGAAGCCUUUUGCAAAGUUAAAGCAAUGAUUGUUUCAGAUCUGGUGCUUACACAUUAUGAUCCUAACCUUCCCGUACAACUGGUUUGUGAUGCUUCACCUGUAGGAAUUGGAGCGGUACUGUCCCAUGUCAUGACAGACGGCACAGAGCGCCCGAUAGCGUUUGCAUCGAGAUUCCUGUCGAAGGCGGAGCGCAACUACGCACAGAUAGAUAAAGAAGCACUAGCUACAGUGUGGGGAGUCAAGAAAUUCCACAAUUACCUUUUCGGUAGGAACUUUACCUUACUGACUGAUCAUGAGCCUCUCACUUCAAUCUUUUAUCCCAGAAAAAGUCUUCCUGUUGUCACUGCUGCUAGAUUACAACGCUACGCUUUGUUCUUGGCGAGUUUUGACUAUACAAUUAGAUAUAAGAACACCAAGUUACACGGGAAUGCCGAUGGUUUGUCUCGAUUACCCUUGCAUAGUGAGACAACAGAAGAAGAGCCAGAUCCAGUGGGCCUCUUCUAUGCCACGCAGUUUUGA